AUGGGUAAAAAGAAUAAUAACAAUAAACAACAACAAAAGACACCAAAUUUAUUAGAUAAAGAAGAUGAUUAUUUUUUAGAGUCUGUUGAAAAGGCUUUGAAAGAGAUAUUUGCAAGAUACGACAAGGAUGGUGACGGAGCACUAUCUAUUGAAGAAUUGAAUGCAUUUGCUAUCGGGUGCAAUGGACAAGCAUUUGAUCAAGACAGUAUAGAAUCGAUUCAAGAGUCAUUCGAUGUCACCGACGACGACAAACAAUACUUGACACUCAAAGGAUUCAUGGAGAUGUAUCUAUUACAAUCAUCUGCAGAACCAGAGGAAACUUGGAAAGAUAUUAAAAAGCAUGGUUAUAAUACUGACUUUAAAUUGACUACAACUACAACUACACCCAGUACCAGUACCACUACCACCAACACUGCUUCUUCCUCUGAUUCUUCUUCUUUAGUUUCGACCUCAACUCAAAUAAAUGAUAAUAAUACCGAAGACCAAUCUUCUUCGUCUUAA